UUAAUAUUGUUAAAAAAUGAAAAAAAUUAUUUCUUUUUAAAUUUUAACUUUUAAACUGUGACACGACUUACGUCGCCAAAAAUAUGGUCGACACUGGUUUUGAGGGUAGUGACCCGUGGGCCGUUUAUUAAAUGAGCGACAACAGAUUAUUUUAACAUAAAUAAAACAAACCGAUAUGAUAAACACAGUAAUAAUAAUCUUCGGAUAAUAUCGCGGCACUUUCGCUGGCGUCGACGACGCGAUGUCCGGCGUGAUCUGUGGGCGACAAAAGGUUAGCAGCGUUGAUGGCGACGUAAGCAAAUGCAGAUCGGUUUGUUGACGUUGUCUUUUUCACAACGGGAGGAAGACAUUUGCAACCAUUUGCGGCGGGUCGUCGUCGGCCGUGCGGCAUUUGCUGGACUUUGCACCGUAGCGUAUAACCAAGCGGUGUUGGUCAGUCAAAUACUCAUAAAAUAGGGCGACGGCUGAUAAAGGUGGCACGAGUCGCGGGGCAUCGUGUAUGACGAAGCGACGCGGGCCGUGUCAAAUAUGCUUUGCCCAGAAAAAAUAUUUAAAAAAACUUGCAUUCAUGACGAAAUAAUGAAGUAUAUGGUGAAGAAUAUGAAUCUAGUAAAAGUCAAUCUUAUGUUGACAAUAUUAACAAAUAUCAAAAAUUGAAGAAACAAUCAAAGAAAAAGUUUAUAGUGUUCUAGAAAGUGAUUUUCAAUGUUCAAUUUGUAAUGAAUUAAUGGUUAAGGCGUGUACAAUUAAUUGCAGCCAUACAUUUUGUGAAAUUUAUUUAAAUACUUGGUUGAGAGAAAGUAAUGUGUGUCCUCUUUGUCGAACUUUAGUUCAAACCAAAACUCUUUGUCUAUCUAUGGAUAACUUUAUUACUAAUAUUUGUAAUCUUCUUGGGAAUGCAAUAAAAGAACAUCGGGAAAAAGCACAAGAAAAAUUGACAGUUAAUGUUCCACGAGUACCACAAACUGCUUGGAGAGGUCGUAGAAGAAGAGGUAUAACUCAACGUCGAAAUAUAUAACCUGCACAUGUUCAAUGAGAAAUAGUGUAAAGAAUUCAUGAAGUUAUGUUUUGAUAAAUACCUGAAUUUUUGAAUAAUGUAAUACAUUUUAAACUUUCCAAAAGAAAAAUUACUUUUUACUCUUUCAUAUUUUUAGAAAAAUGAACAAAAUAUAAUUAAAUAAUUAUAAUUAUUCAUGUGAAUUUUGUAAAUAAUUUUAGUUUGUUUUUGUACAACUUAGUUUAAUAAACUCA